AUGUCUCCUUGUCAAGCAAGUGUAUCCGAUUCAACCCCAGAAACAGCUGCUGCAACAUUUUCUUCUAGUGAAAAAAUGUGGAAUGAGAAUAUUUACUAUUUUGAAAAUCGUCCACUGAAAUUAGAAGAAACCGCAGAAAAUAUUGCAAAUUUCUCAAAGUCUGAUAAAGAAAUAAAAUAUUUCGAGUCUAUAUUUACAGAAGAGCUGUUGCUUCAUAUUUGCAAUCAGACGAACUUAUAUGCAAGGCAGGAAAGGUGUGUUGUGAAGGCAGGGAAGAAAACAACCAAAGUAUCUUCCAACUGGCAGGACAUUACUGUUCCUGAGCUAAAAGCUUUUUUGGGAAUGCUUAUUUUGAUGGGUGUUCAUCAGCUUCCACAACUCGGAAAUUAUUGGAGCAGUGAUCCUAUUCUUGGAGUAACUGCUAUCUCAUUGGUCAUGGCAAAGCUUCGAGACAAAAAAAUUGUUGAGAACCUGCAUUGCAAUGACAACAGCACGCGUGUCAAAAAAGAGAAGCCGGGUUAUGACAAGUUACACAAAAUUCGACCUGUCAUCAGAGUAAUAUCAAAUAAGCUUUGUAAAGUCUACGAACCAUCUUCUGUUUUAGCAGUAGACGAAUGUAUGGUGGCCUUCAAAGGACGGUCAACACUCAAACAAUAUAUGCCAAUGAAACCAGUGAAGCGUGGAUAUAAAGUGUGGUGCUUAGCUGAUGCUAGUCCUCGGUUCAUCAUAAAUUUCGACAUCUACAUUGGAAAAAGAGAUACAAAUGAUACAUCCGAAUUUACUUUGGGUGAAGAAGUUGUGCUUACUCUAACAAAGGCAAUGGAUGACAGCAAAAGGCUGGUAGCUUUUGACAAUUAUUUUACAACAGUAUGA